UGAUGUCUCUGGCGUUUUAUUGGCAGCGUCACAGGCGCUGAUCAUCAGAGCACAGAUAGUUGCGCGCGUCUCUCCAGGGACCCUCGGCAGACCCAUCUCACCCUCUCUCUCCAUCAGCAUGGAGCCGGGGUCGAGCUCCUGCCCGCGGGGUGAUGGAAACCCAAGGGAAAGCAGCCCCUUCAUCAAUAACACAGAUGAUGAUAAGGGAACUCUGUAUGAUGGGAAAAACAUGGCACUUUUUGAGGAGGAGAUGGACAGCAAUCCCAUGGUGUCUUCACUGCUCAGCAAACUGGCCAACUACACGAACCUCACGCAGGGCGUCAGGGAACACGAGGAGGCCGACGAGGAUGAAGGUGCCAAGAAGCAGACAGUCAAGAGUCCACAGAUGGGGACGUUCAUCGGGGUCUACCUGCCCUGCCUGCAGAACAUCCUGGGAGUGAUUCUCUUCCUGCGAAUGACGUGGAUCGUGGGAACGGCGGGAAUCCUGGAGUCCUUUAUCAUUGUGUCCAUGUGCUGCUCGUGUACAAUGUUGACAGCCAUAUCAAUGAGUGCCAUUGCUACAAACGGUGUUGUUCCAGCUGGAGGCUCGUACUACAUGAUCUCUCGCUCUCUGGGCCCGGAGUUCGGAGGCGCUGUGGGUCUGUGUUUCUAUCUGGGCACAACGUUCGCCGGCGCCAUGUACAUCCUCGGGACUAUCGAGAUCCUCUUGACGUACAUGGUGCCCAGUGCUGCCAUCUUUAAGGCGGAGGAGAAGGCGCAGGAGGCGGACGCUCUGCUGAAUAACAUGCGUGUUUAUGGGACGUGCUGUCUGACGCUCAUGUCUCUCGUGGUGUUCGUCGGUGUGAAGUACGUGAAUAAGCUCGCGCUGGUCUUCCUGGCCUGUGUGGUGCUGUCCAUCCUGGCCAUCUACGCCGGGGUCAUCAAAACCAUCUUUGAACCUCCAGUUUUUCCGGUCUGUUUGUUGGGCAACCGCACCCUGCAGAACCACGGCUUUGACAAGUGCAUGAAGACAGAAAUAAUAGACAACGUGACCGUGACCACGAAGCUUUGGUCUCUGUUCUGUAAAGGUCCGGAGCUCAACGCCAGCUGCAAUGAAUACUUCAGCCUCAAUAACGUCACGGAGAUCCAGGGCAUUCCCGGCCUCACCAGCGGAGUCAUUUCAGAGAACAUGUGGGGAAGCUACGGUCCCGCUGGCAUGCUGGUGGAGAAAGCCGUGCCGUCGGUGCGGGCGAGCGACGCGUCUCAGGACAAACACCUGCCGUAUGUGCUCAAUGAUAUCACUGCCUUCUUCACGCUGCUGGUGGGAAUCUACUUCCCCUCCGUCACAGGUAUCAUGGCUGGAUCCAACAGAUCCGGGGAUCUGAGAGACGCUCAGAGGUCCAUUCCCAUCGGCACCAUCCUCGCCAUCGCAACCACCACCGUCAUCUAUCUGUCCUGCGUGGUGUUGUUCGGCGCCUGCAUCGAGGGUGUGUUGCUCCGAGACAAGUUUGGAGACUCUGUUAAAGGUAAUUUAGUGAUUGGCACGUUGUCCUGGCCCUCGCCCUGGGUGAUCGUGAUUGGCUCGUUCUUCUCCUGCUGUGGGGCGGGGCUUCAGAGUCUCACCGGCGCCCCCCGGCUGCUGCAGGCCAUCGCGCGGGACGGUAUCGUGCCCUUCCUCGAGGUGUUUGGUCAUGGAAAAGCCAACGGAGAGCCGACCUGGGCUCUUCUUCUGACGGCUGUGAUCUGUGAAAGCGGGAUUCUCAUCGCUUCUCUGGACGCUGUGGCUCCAAUCCUUUCUAUGUUCUUUCUCAUGUGUUAUCUGUUCGUGAAUCUGGCCUGUGCCCUGCAGACGCUGCUGAGGACACCCAACUGGAGACCACGGUUCAAAUACUACCACUGGGCUCUUUCGUUUCUUGGCAUGAGUUUGUGUCUGGCUCUGAUGUUCAUUUCCUCCUGGUACUACGCUCUGGUGGCCAUGCUCAUCGCUGGAUGCAUCUACAAAUACAUUGAGUACCGCGGGGCGGAGAAGGAGUGGGGCGACGGGAUCCGCGGUCUGUCACUCAACGCGGCACGAUACGCUCUCAUUCGAUUGGAGGAGGCGCCCCCGCACACCAAAAACUGGAGAAAAGGCACUUCCAAAACUGUUGCUGAGCUGUCGGUGAAACACCCUCGUCUCCUGUCCUUCACCACGCAGCUGAAAGCGGGUAAAGGUCUGACCAUCGUGGGAUCAGUACUGGAGGGAACGUUCCUCAGCAGAGACACCGACGCCAAGAGAGCAGAACAGAGCAUCAAAUCAGCCAUGGCCGCAGAGAAGACGAAGGGUUUCUGUCAUGUUGUGGUGUCUUCAAACCUGCGCGACGGCUUCUCUCACCUCAUCCAGUCGGCGGGACUCGGAGGAAUGAAGCACAACUCUGUUCUGAUGGCUUGGCCCACCAACUGGAGACAGUCCAACGACCCGCAUUCCUGGAGGAACUUCAUAGAAACCGUCCAAGAAACCACUGCCGCCCAUCAGGCCCUGCUGGUGGCCAAGAACGUGGACAGUUUCCCUCACCAGGAGCGUCUCGCUGAAGGAACCAUCGACGUGUGGUGGAUCGUUCAUGACGGCGGCUUGUUGAUGCUCCUGCCGUUCUUACUGCAGCAGCACAAGGUCUGGAGGAAGUGCAAGAUGCGCAUUUUCACCGUGGCUCAGUUGGAUGACAACAGCAUCCAGAUGAAGAAAGACCUGCAGAUGUUCCUCUACCACCUCCGUCUGAAUGCUGAGGUGGAGGUCGUGGAAAUGCAUGACAGUGACAUCUCAGCGUUCACCUACGAGAAGACGCUGGUGAUGGAGCAGCGCUCACAGAUGCUGAAGCAGAUGCAGCUGUCGAGGACGGAGCGCGAGCGAGAGAUUCAGAGCAUCACGGAUGAGUCGCGUAGCUCCAUUCGGAGGAAGAACCAGAGCGGCGCUCACGGCUCGGCCGUCAAUAACCAGAACGCACGACUAGAUGACGAUAAACAAGACGAGGCUCAGCUGAUCCACGACAGAAACACGGCGUCUCACGCAGCUCUAAACGACAAGACGGACGCCACGCCGGAGCGGGUCCACAUGACCUGGACCAAAGACAAGUUCUGCACCGAACGCAACCGCAACCGAGAGCCCAGCGCAAACAUGGCGGUGCGGGAUCUGUUCAGCAUGAAACCCGAAUGGGAGAGUCUGAAUCAGUCUAAUGUGCGCUGCAUGCACACAGCCAUCAAACUCAAUGAAGUGGUGGUCAAUAAGUCUCAGGGAGCUCAUCUGGUGCUCCUCAACAUGCCCGGACCACCCAAGAACAGAGGCGGCGAUGAAAACUAUUACUCAUACAUACAGGUUUUGAUGGAGGGUCUCAACCGGGUCCUGUUGGUGCGCGGCGGCGGUCGUGAAGUCAUCACCAUAUACUCAUAAAGCGGAUUGUAGCCCGACGCCCCGCAGGCAGGAAUUCAGUUUUUAUUUUUCCCACAGCAAAGCCGGACAUCAUGGAGACAGCUAGCAGCCGGGGUUUACAGCGGCGUUUCGUCCGGCUGCAUUCGUUACAGGACAGUGACUUUUGUGGCCCUCCUGAAGAGAGACGACGUGAAGAAACCAAGACGAACGAUGAUUCAAUCCGUAACGUGAAACUUUAAUUUAUGACUCUUUUAUUGUUUUCUUUUGUUUGUUCGUACAAUGUGUGCUAGUUUUUAUGUCUGUUUAUUGUGCAACAUCGUUUGGUUUUUCAAAAGACUUUUUGAAGCGCGUACUAGCCGAAGUUUUAUAAAAGUAAAAUUUGAGUUUGUUGCUAAUGCCUGUUUAAUAUCGAUUCAUUCGUCUCCAUCCUGCAUUGCUUUUUAUUUGCGUAUCUUAGCUACGAUUCAAACUGUCGCUUGAUACCCAAAAUGACAUCUACUUUUAGCGAACCAGGCUGCGAAACGAGUGUAUUCUUGUGGCGAAUCCAUAUCCGAGUUGCGAAAAUGCAAUUUUACUGUUAUCAAAGGAAUGUUUGAGUUUUUCACGUCGGCUAGUUUUAACAAUAAUGCAGCGCGGAUGAUGAAUGUGUCGGAUGACGUUACUGACUUCAUGAUACGGAUUGUGCAAUAACUUUUAUUCAUUAUCAAGUCAUCACUAGCCGAGCGUGGCGUCCACUUGUCGAGGGUUUUGUAUUAUAAAAGUUGAAAUGUUUAACGCAAACAGCGUAUAAGGAGAAAAGCCAUAAUAUUUGGUCUCGUCAUUGAGUACUGAGGUUUUGUUUUGGCUCUUAUCUUGGCAUAAAUCACUGAAAUCAGUUUAAUCGGGAUGAUUUCAGCUGUAUUUGCACUUUUUUAUUCGAUUUUUUCGUUAAUUGUGUGAUAAAAGCACAGGGCACAGCUGACCUGUCCAGCACACCAUUUGCUGAUGAUCAGAACCAGCACUGCAAAAUCUCCUUCUCUCAGCAAUAAAUGUGUUUUUCCCAUGAGCUGGAAUGAAAUUUAGUCUCUGUCUUGACGUUCAUGAUGUUAUUGGGUUGCUGGGUAUAUUAAACAGGGAGAAUCCUUUAUUAACCGGCAUUACUAGUAGAGUAAAGUAUAAAACCGUCUAGUUAACGAAAGCAAUCUAUUAGGAUUGAAGCUGAAGUGUUAUUCCUAGUGGCGUCAAAUGGAACUGCAGUUUGUUUGUUUGUU